CUGGUGGAGGAGUGGUGUGCGAACAGUUGAAGGCGGUGCUCGGUGGCCUCAAACCAGGCUCAUAAUGUAAUAUUUAGUGACGAGGGGAAGGGCGCUGCCUGUAUUUAAAUGGGAAAUCUGUUGGGCCACUGGAGGUUCAAGGAGCCGAGCACCGUGGAGGAAUGCGACUCGACGUGGGGGUCGGACUCGGAGAGCGACGAGCCGGCGGGCGAGGAGGACAGCGGCAUCUCCGAGAGCGUGAGCCCAGUAGAGAGCGAGUGGGCCGCCGCGGAAGACGAUGGAGACUUGCCUCAUCAGCUGACUGACUCUCCAGAGUCUCCUCCAAAGAUGAAGAGGAGUUUUUACGCUGCCAGAGACUUGUACAAAUACCGCCACUGCUAUCCGAACUACAAAAAGUCCCGUCAACCCAAUGAGUUCCUUAACCUGCGUUUCUACCUGAACAAAAUUCCUCUCGUUCCUGAUGGUAUUUAUGUAGAGGAGAUUUUGACGGGGUGGCGAGGUGACUAUGACAAGCUGGAGCACAAUCACACCUACAUUCAAUGGCUCUUCCCAUUACGAGAACAAGGGCUCAACUUCUACGCACAUGAACUGACUCAGGAUGAGAUUAAAGAAUUCCAAAGCACUCGAGAAGCCAAGCGAAGGUUCUUGGCAGCUUAUUCCCUAAUGUUGGACUUCUAUGGCAUCAAACUACUGAAUAAGAGUGGAAAUGUCGCUCGGUCUUCCAACUGGCAGGAGCGCUUCUAUCACCUUAACGAGUCCCAGCACAACUACCUGCGCAUCACUCGCAUCCUGAAGUCCCUCGGCGAACUCGGGUAUGAGGCCUUCAAAGCUCCACUGGUUCGCUUGUUCCUGGAGGAGUCACUGCAUCACAACACCCUUCCCAACAUGCAACACAGCAUCCUGGAAUACUUUGUAUAUACCAUUCGCCUGCCGGACACCCGUAGACGCCUGCUGCGCUACGCCCGCCAGCACUACAGGCCUGCUCACGCCUUCCUCUGGGGUCCUCCACCUAAGAGAUCCAGGUUUAAAGGUGGGGAUGAUGGAGCUAGUGUGGGGGCUGGGAGCAGUGGGAUCCGAGCACCUGCUCCCACACCAGAACCACAGCGAAGGGGGGAAAAUAGCUUCAUCUCUACCUCUGCAUGUAGCGGGUCACUUGUGUCUUCCUACGAUGCCAUAGUAUGCCGUGAUGUGUCGGUAGAGGGGCUGAACAUAUACAGUGGAGUGGGCUCCAGCAUGGAAAGCCUGCAGGGGACACUUAUUAUGAUGGCAGAAGGAAAUAAUUACACUGAGGUUGUUCAUAUGUAGGGAGUGAGAAAUUUUGUUUAGGUUCUAAAACCCCAUGAGAAAGUAAAAUAAGAUAUACAUUUAAUGCCAUGGACAAAUAUAGAUUUUUUUGUUGUAGUAGGAUAUCUUAAGGGCUUAUAGUAAACCUAUAUUUGCUGAUGAUGCUAGCUGGGAUAAGACUACUAUAGACUCAAUUCCCAAAGUAUGUUAACCCAUUACAUCUGAACACAUGACUAAAUAUUGCCUUAUGCUUAUUGAUUUUGAGGUGCAUUUAUAAACCAGAGGCCUGUCAUGCUAAGGAUUCAUUAAUACAAAGUCGAGAAAUGGUGGCUACCAGGGAUUAGAUACUGUAAACUAUGUUCUAUUUUUACUUUUCAAACUCAGUAAAACAGCGAUAAGGAAGCAGAUUGUCAUAACGAUGACUGAUACUUAAAGUUAUUUAAGUACUUUUUUAACUAGUUAAAUGACAAUACAUUGUGCUACUUGCCACUAUCUAUAGCACACGUCUGCUGUAUAGAACAAUAAAUGUGAUUUUUUUCAUAGGAACAAAACUUUCCGGGAGGCCCAUUUGUAGUUUUGAGCGCUUCUAUAACGAGUUUACUGACAGAUAAGUUCGAACUAUACGCUAGUUUGUAUCACAAAUGACAACAGGGGAGGAUGCAUAUGCCAGUCCACCCCACAACAAGAGGAUAGAAAAAAAGAAGGAACUUAUUGACUAGAACGUUGAACUACAACGGCCAAUUUGCGCAAAGAUCUUGGGGUAAAUUUCUACCACAUAUUGAGAUAUCUGCUGAUGUCACAGGACAGAGCAAAUUUAAAAUGGCUCAUUUGCAAGAAAUAUGAAGGAAGUCAAGAUUGUUUUAUAAUUAUCUCUGCAAUGCCUCCAUGGUUUGAUUUGAAGUUUUUGGGAAUUAUGCACAUGCUCAAUUCACAAAAGCAGGAUAGUUUUCUAUAAUAGCAAACAGGUCCCCUAACAUAGGUCUGCUAACAUUUAUACAGUGGUACCUCGUAGGGAUGAGCGAUACGGCCUAAAAUAUCGCAAUAUAUAUGGGAAACUCAACAAAACGAAAGUUGACUAAUUUCAGCAAUUUAACUUUAAACGUGAAACUAGUAUGUGAUGUAAACUUAUGACAUGCAAGGUGAGAAUGUCAAGCUUCUAUGUGUUAUAAUUUUGAUGAUCAUGGCAUACAGUUUUUGAAAACUUCACAUUUUCUGAGAUUUUCAAGUCAAGGUUUUCAUAAGCUGCACGCCAUAAUCAUCAAAAGAAGGGUUACAAUAUCUUGAGUUGCAUGUUAUGAGCCUCUGUCAUAUAAUAGUUUCAUCUUGUAAAUCUAAUUGCUAGAGAGAACAAACGUUUGCCCGAUAUUCAAAUGUUUUGAGUUUCAGCUAUAUGUUGCAGCCUCCUGAGAUAAUGAUGUGUUUUACAAUAUAUUAUUUGGCAUAUAAAUUGUAAUAUUACCAAUCAAAAAACAGAUUAUAGAAGGCACAUUUUUCUGUUGACGUAUGUUGUAACAUAAUUUCCGGUUGUAUUUACAAAUUUGUCAUUAAUCCGUUACUAAGUAGUUACAGAGGCAGAAUUGGCCAAAUCAAUACUGAUACUUCAAAUCAUUGAUUGAUUACAUUUUUGAUCACAAUUUUAAUCAGGCAGAACACAGAAUGGCCAUGCAACAAUAUCAAUUACAUUGUUUCCUUAUUCCCUUUUAUGACAUACAAUAUUUGAAGCAAAAUAUAGUCAAUAGUCAAAAGAACUUAAGCUAAAACUACAUUUGGCUGGUAUUUAAAUUAUUUGGUUCUGCCCUUAAAGGCCUACUGAAAUGAGAUUUUCUUAUUUAAACGGGGAUAGCUGAUCCAUUCUAUGUGUCAUACUUGAUCAUUUCGUGAUAUUGCCAUAUUUUUGCUGAAAGGAUUUAGUGGAGAACAUCCACGAUAAAGUUUGCAACUGGAGAAAAGCCCUGCCUCUACCGGAAGUCGCAGACGAUGAUGUCCCAUGUUGAGGGCUCCUCAUAUAUUCACAUUGAUUUUAAUGGGAGCCUCCAACAAAAACAGCUAUUCAGACUGAGAAAACGACAAUUUCCCCAUUAAUUUGAGCAAGGAUGAAAGAUUCAUGUUUGAAGAUAUUGAUAGCGACGGACUAGAAGAAAAAAAAAAAAAGUAAAAAAAAAAAACGCGAUUGCAACCGCGUUGCAUUGAGACAUUUACUAGGAUAAUUCUGGGAAAUCCCUUAUCUUUCUAUUGUGUUGCUAGUGUUUUAGUGAGUUUAACUGUACGUGAUAGUUGGAAGUGUACGUCCACGGCCGGGUGUUGACGCGCAGUGUCUCGGGGAAGUCGACGGCAGCUAUGGACGGCACAAGCUCAGUUGAUAUCCGCUAAGAGGCAACUUUUUAUCCACAAUUUUCUCACCGAAACCUGCUGGUUGACAUGUAGUCGGGAUCCAUGUCCGCUGUGAUCCAUACUAAAGUUUCAUCUCCGUGAAUUUUAAACAAGGAAUCACCGUGUGUUUGUGUGGAUAAAGGCUAAAGCUUCCCAACUCCGUCUUUCUACUUUGACUUCUCCAAUAUUAAUUGAACAAAUUGCAAAAGAUUCAGCAACACAGAUGUCCAAAAUACUGUGUGAUUUUGCCGUUAAAUCAGACAACAUUUAGCUGUGUGUGUGCGUAGCGCUCAUAUUCAUAACAGUCCGUGACGUCACGCGUACACGUCAUCAUUACGCGACGUUUUCAAGAAAAAAGUCCCGGGAAAUUUAAAAUUGCAAUUUAAUAAACUUAAAAGGGUGUAUUGGCAUGUGUUGCAAUGUUAAUAUUUCAUCAUUGAUAUAUAAUCUAUCAGACUGCGUGGUGGGUAGUAGUGGGUUUCAGUAGGCCUUUAAAGCCUUCCUAUAUCCGGGGACGUAUUUACUAAUUUUCUAAAUAACAAAAACGACAAAAAUAAACAUUUUGUGAUUGCAAAAAUAAAUGUAUCUAAUGGUACUUGCAAUAAAUGUGGUUCAUUUGCCGGCGUGAGGGCGAGGAUUAGUCGGUCACACUGUGGAGAAACGUUACCUGCUAACGAGGACUCAACAUUGCGUUGAGGACGCGUUUGUUUUCUUGUGGUUGUCAAAUAUAUAUCAUCUAUGUUGUACAAACCUAGUACCACAAUUUUUGUUACUAAUCUGUUUCAAAAAGUCUAACAAAGACAGAAUCAUUUGAAAACCAAAAAAAUCACGUAAAUCCAAUUGACUGAUUCCUGACACCCCCCCACCCAGAAAAUAUGAAAUACACAAAAACUUCAAAUGAAAUUUGAUUAUUGAACAUUUAACAUCACUUCUGCCUGUAUUGAUAGUGGGGGUUUACAUUUUCGUCAGUGUUCUCACUCACAACUUUCUUUGGCCCCACGGUGGAUUAAUUUGCGGUUGUAGUCAAUUAAAAAAGCACAAAGCCUGAGUCACUAACUUGUGGGAUUCCAUGGACUACUUUGUACAUACGAUAACCACGAUGGUAUAUGAAAACCGAUGCAAAGAUUUUGGCAGAAAUGUUCGCAGACCAAAACGAGGUUCCACUGUAUCUGCAAAAUGUGUCUUAAUUGUACGGACCUGCAAUUAAAACAUUGUUAGCACGCUAUAUCUAAUUAAAGGCAUUAUAUAUAUGUUACUAAUAACAUUUUAGUGUUUGAAGUGUUAAUAUAAUUAUAAAUGACUGUUAAAGUACAACAUGUAAUAGCACUAUUUGACUAGUUCAAGAUAUCGCUGUAUUUUAUAGUUAUCUAUUUGGUAAAUAUCAACUCAACAUAAACUUAUUCAAUUUCUAAUUGUUGUGAAGUGUAUGAAACAAUAUUAAGUAGAUAAUUGUGUAAUGGUUGCCAACUAGUUUAGCUGUGCUCUACAAUGUUAGGUAAACUUCACUUACUUAUAACCAGCUUUGUGACAUGACAUUCACUCUAUAACUACUAUUCUUGUAAUAUGGAAAACAUGACAUUAUUCUCCCAAGUUUUCACAACCUACUCUUUUGUUUCCCUUUUUUUAAUCGGUGUGACCCGAAUACUUAUACCACAAGGUAGAGCUGGAUGUUUUCGGGUGACGAGCAGAGUUGUUGUGUUCAAAUGCUGUUGGAACAUCCAGAUUCCUGAAAAUUACUGAAUGGCUGCUUGUCACCUGAAAGCUUUUUGCACUGAAGACUUUAUGCUAGGUCCGAGGCAGGUGACGUGCGAUGUGCUGCUCUUUUUUGACAAUCUAUGUCUUCCUUUGAAAAGCGCAGUAACGUUACUUCAAAUGGUUGAUUUUGGGCUUGGCUGUAUAUACAAAUAUAGUGGAAUUAGAAUUAGUGUCGAUGAUACAUACACUGAAUUAAAUGUACCUUUGAAGUAUUGUAUUCACAAGUACGCUAGGUAGUUUUCAAAUUGUAGUUGUAUGUGAACUAGGAGCCCACAAAUGUGAUCUUUUUAAUACUGCUGUGAGGAUAUUUAAAUGAAAAUGCUCUAAAAUUCCAAUUUUGUUUAUUUAUUAAGAGUUAGACUCCUCAUAUCAGAGUUUUCAGGGCAUUGAAUCGAACGCUAUUGGACUGUUCACAAUGUCUUAAAAACAUUUUGCCUCUCUUUCAAGCAGAUAUUUGAUCAGUUCCCCUCAGCCAUUGUUGCAACUGAAUGAAAAGCUAAUACACGUGACUCCAUCCUCACUGCUGUUGUGCUGGCAGAGGUCUCACGUCAUUGUGUCUUAACACCUGUUGUUUUGCACCACAAUGGAGUGAAACCAUCCUUGCCUGGACAUGUCCCCUCCUGUGGCCAUUAAAUACUUUGAAUCCUGUGCGGUCCACUUGCAAUCGAUUCAAUCACCUUAUGAAUGAGAAUACUCAAAUGAGUGAAACACAUUUUCUUGAAUUGUAUCUAUUUUUUGUAGAUUCUCUGUCAUCCGAAAGGGUUCUUCUAUCUGAAAUGGUAGAUGCAGAGUGGUGUGUCCAUACUUGUGUGUGUCCCGAAGGUUGUUGCCCAGCAUGGCCGAUGAAACCACAUUCCUGUACCUACAGCUGACAUUUCAGACAAUUUGAAUCUUGUGCAAAGGUUGGUUUAUACCAGCUGUUAGAUUUACAAGGUGAAACUAAUGUUGUGGGCUCUUAACAUGCAACUCCAAAUAUUUCAGAACUUCGUUUGAUAUCAUUUUGAUGAUUACAGCCUAUACCAGACCUGGGCAAAUUAAGGCCCGGGGGCCACGUGGCCCCUUAAGCUUUUCAAUGUGGCCCGCCGGACAGUUCCAUAUAAUUUUUUUCUAGAUGUUUAGGAUGGAAAGUGUAGCUGCCCUUAUGAUGUGCAGUGAUGUUUUCUAGUGACUGUAACUCUUUAACUAUACUAAGUGUUUCAAUGGUUGGAAUCUGCGCUUUUGCAUAAUAUCACCAAAUCACCACUCACCAAAAUGAUUCCCGAGCAUGGCCACCGCUGUGGCUCACUGCUCCCCUCACCUCCCAGGGGGUGAAGCAAAGUAUGGGUAAAAUGCAGAGGAUAAUUUCCCCACACCUAGAAUGUCAGAAUAUUGUAUCUUUAAUAUACUAGUUACUAUGGUAAUCUAAUUAGUUACUAUGGUAAUCUACGUCACAGAAGCUCAGACUAGGCAACAAGCAGUGUGGGUGGGGAGCGUUUCUACAGAGUGUUUCCAGAGCAGCCAGCACACAAUGUGGGUGUCAGGGACAGAUGAUUUUUACAACAAAGUUCUAAAGCUUAGUGAUAUAUAACAUAUAUCAGAUUGUAGGUGGGUUUAUUUUUUACCCUUGGCGUUCAUAUUUCUCUGUGUUUGUUGAAUUUUUGUUACAUUUCGCUUGAUUGUUAAAUAUGUCAAUGGGGAGGGUGUGUAACAUUCAUAUGGUGUCAAUAUUCAGUGUUUUAUCCUUCAUAGGUAAUAUUGUAAAUCCCACAUUCUUUAUUUUCAUGUACAUUCUGGGUGUCUCAUUCAGGAAAAAAAAAUGUAAUUCCAUUCCGUCUUUAAAGGCGGUCUUUAGUAACAUUUUUAGAACUCAAUCAGACAUUAUUGUGAGAUUUUGUAUUAGUGUUCCUAAAAAUCACAUAUACCGGCUCCCAGACACAUUUUUUCUCUUAAUGUGGCCCCAAGUCAAAAUAAUUGCCCAGGCCUGGCCUAUACAAAUAUUAAAUUAAAAAUUGGAAAACAUGUUGGGAUUUCAAAACUGUAAACCAUGAUCAUCAAAAUGAUAGCAAAGGUUUGACAUAUCUGACUUUGUAUGUAAUGAGUUUGUAUCUCAUAUCGGUUUCACAUUUGAAGUUGAAAUGCAGAAAGUAAAGGAUGAUAUCCACAUAGUUGAGUUCCACCUGUGUGCAUAAUUUGCUGUUUGCAUCCUGGCCGAUCCCUCCAGGAUUUCACAAUGUUUUUUUGUGGCCUAAAAUUCCCAAUUUUGCAGCGUAAAAAGCUGCAACGAUUUGAGGCUUAUUUUUGUUUAAAAACAAAAACGUUCAUUUCAUCAGCUUGUGAUUUUAUGAUAUAGAUGUUGUUUUUAAAAUGUUUUCUUUCUAAAAAGAGCACCAUAUUUCAACAGAUCUAAUAAAAUAGAUCUUAUUUAAACUUAAAUGUGUGCAGAGUUUGGAAAACAAAUAUUUGAUGUUUUAAUCUACAUUAGCACAGAAAGAAACAAAACCUAACAUACACUGAACACUUAGAGGGCAGUAUAAGCACGUUGAAGACAUUCUGUGCAUGUUUUACAGUGGAAAAGUGCGUGUCCGUGGUAAACGUUCAUGAAUGAUUAAACACGUUACGCAGAGUUUAUCCUCGCUUACGUUGAGAUUCUUGGGGAAUUGUUGAGUACGGUUAUCUGUGUUGACUAAGAGAAACACAUCCACAUUUGUCUGUAUAAAAAAAGGAAGUUAGGAGGAGGAAGUGUUGCUAGAAGUUUCUAUACUACAUUACCCAGAAUGCUUAGCGCUGUAUAUCGGAGCUUGAAGAGGGUCUAAACAAGACAAAGGUUCCCAAACUGUUUGCCUCCAAAGUGAAAAUGCGCGGGCCAAACAGCAUUUUAAAGGUACAGCAGCACCGUGAGUAAAGUGUUUAGACCAAGGGGUGUCCAAAGUACAGCCCACACUUCAUUUUUAAACAGCCCGCGUCUUUUAAAUAUAAUUAUGUUGCUGUUACGUGAGUAUGAUAACUAUUAGCAUCCUAUUGCUAUUAUGCAAGCUUCUUUUUUAAUUAUUAUUCUUAUUAUUUAACACUUUGUAGGUUUACACACCUCAGUCAUAUUUUGGUAGUUGAUGCAUGCUACUGUAGCAUUUUACACACAUUUUUCAGGUACACACAUCAAAGUAAUAUAUUUAAGUACUUUGCACACGUUACAGUUACCAUUUUAACUUGCUAACAUUAGCAUUUUAGCUUGUUUUAGCAAAUUCAAAUGGUAUUUCUUAGUUGAUAUUUUAGUAUUUCACUAAAUACUGUAACCAUGUUAUUGUUAGCACAGUACCUUUUUCUUUUGUCUCAUUUUGCUCAUACUUUUUUGCCAGUAUAAAUAUGUUAUAUUUUGGAAAUCACCAAUUAGUGGGCCAAAAAAAUGUCUCAAAGGGCCAAAUUUGGUCCAUGGGCUCCACUUUGGGCACCCCUGGUGUCAGAGUUAGUUGUUGACGAACCCCAAGAUGGAGAGAUGGAGGCAGGCAUUUUGCAGGUGAACAUGAUUUAAUAAUUAACUUGAAAACAAAACCAAACAAAGGGUACAAAUAUAAAGCGCGCAUGAGGCGGAUAACAAACAAAAGGAGCUUAGCAUGGAAGCUAGCAAAAACAAAAAGCUUAGCAUGGAGGCUAGCAUAAACAGAACAGGGAACAGAAGUCGUUACGUGUUGUACAAAGACAAAAUAGGAAGCAGGGAACAAAAAACACUAAGCCACAAACAUCUAACGAAUUAUAGCUUACCGCUAUGCUGCAACGACACGAGUGACAAUACAAUACAGAAGCGACAUGCAGUACGUGACAAUAAUCCAGCACAGACUGGAGGAACAAAGCAGGUACAAAUCGGAGUGGGCUGAUUGAGGUGUGACCAGGUGCCAAUCAGCCACAUCUGAGGGGAAACAGCGCCCAGGGAGAAACACAGAAAACAGACAAAAUAAGAGCGCUGACAGGAAUCACUACAAACACACAGAGGAAACAAAGACAAAUGCAGAGGGAAAAACUAACAUAGACAAACUGUCAGGGGCAAGCCUGACACCUGCUCUAAGAUGUUAUUUUUAUUGCUCUUCCUGGUUUGCGUACAUAAUUUACAUAACAGUGGAUGUUGGGUCACGUUUGAUUGGAACACAUUCGCGCACUACUCAGGGACAAAUUCAUUUGGCAAAAAUGAUGAGUAACUAAAAUUUACCAGUAAUAGAUUAACGUGGACCCCGACUUAAACAAGUUGAAAAACGUAUUCAGGUGUUACCAUUUAGUGGUCAAUUGUACGGAAUAUGUACUGAACUGUGCAAUCUACUAAUAAAAGUAUCAAUCAAUCAAUCAAUGGGCAUGGAAUCUUAUGAGGUUUGAGCAAAGUGGCGAGACCGCACAAAAUGGUUACAUUUGCAUGAAUUGGCGCAAUUGCAACAUUGCAAAUUCCUGGAGGCUCAGUGUGGUGGGAAAUCAACUCAUUAGCCCCUCUUCCCAUGGAAUGAGACAACAUGUGGGGGAGAAACAUCAAUCAGGACAUUGUUAUAAGCAGACGGUAGUUAAUGGUGCAAACCUGUGUUUAUUUUAGUUUUUUACUUUGACUUGACUUCUUUCUAUUGAGUAAUUUUGUCACCCUCAGGAGAUCGUUUUUCUGUGACAAUUUGGCCUUAGCAGAAGGUUAAAACAUGAAAAUAUUAUUUGACAGAUGUUUGUGUUUGUGAGGAAACAAUAUUGAAUGCAGAUUCUUCACUGUUCUUCCUGUUGGUGACAACUGUUCAGGUGAAAUAUGUGAUCACAUGGGCUAAACCUCGACUUAUUAGGAUACUGUAUGUAAUACUUAUAUAUGUAUGUUGAACCAAUACUAUUAAGUGCCUCUUUUGUAAUGUCGUCUGCAAAAAUAUUAUUUACCAUCAUUUAUGUGACAUUAUUUUUCUAUUGAAUUUUGAUAUUUACUAGUGAGUGCAUUAUAGUCCUUUUAAUAAUGAAUAUUGAUUUUGAUCACAUUAAGGAUUACAUCUGAUUGUUGACUUCGUUUGUAUCUGGCUCACUUUACCAAUAUGAUUAUUCCAUGAUUCUCUUUCACCAUAUUUAUUGGACUUUAGUAUAUUGUGUAAGCCACAUUUUGAAAUCAAUGCACACAAUGUGAAUAAAAAAUUGUGGUUGUGAAGAA